CUUCCUUCCGGUUAGCCGUCCAUGCUGUGAACAGCUGAUGAGGAGCAACUCUCUGUCAGACAGCCGUGAAACAUUUUCUCCUCAUUAUCCCAAAGAAAAUAACUCGAAAUGACUAAAGAGGAAUUGAAAGGGGCGCAGGAGGAGGAGCAGCAGGCCCAGUCAAAGAAAGGCCUGAAGAAACAGCAGAAGGAAGCGGAGAAAGCUGCAAAAAAGGCUGAGAAACAGGCCAAGCUGGCUGCUGAACAACAAAGCACAGAGGAAGAUGACUUUGCAAAGGACCGAUAUGGUGUGUCGGCAAUGGUCCAGUCCCAACAAAAACUGGACAGGGUGUUGGUGCUUGUCCAAGACCUCACUCCAGAGAAAGCUGACCAGCGUAUCUGGCUGCGUGCCCGAGUUCACACCAGCAGAGCCAAAGGGAAGCAAUGCUUUUUGGUCCUGCGUCAACAGCAAUUCAACGUGCAGGCACUAGUCGCAGUGGGAGAUCGUGCCAGCAAGCAGAUGGUCAAGUUUGCCGCAAAUAUCACCAAGGAAAGCAUCGUAGACGUGGAGGCGUUGGUGAGGAAAGUGGAGCAGAAGAUCGAGAGUUGUUCCCAGCAGGAUGUGGAGCUUCACAUUGAGAGGAUUUUUGUCAUCAGCCAAGCUGAGCCUCGUCUCCCCCUGCAGUUGGAUGAUGCUGUCAGGCCUGAUGGAGAUGGGGAAGAGGAAGGCAGAGCCACAGUCAACCAGGACACCAAGUUAGACAACAGGGUGAUUGAUCUGAGGACGACCACCAGCCAGGCCGUCUUUCGCCUGCAGUCAGGAGUGUGUCAGCUCUUCAGAGAUACCCUCACCAACAAGGGCUUUGUGGAGAUCCAGACCCCCAAAAUCAUAUCAGCUGCCAGUGAAGGUGGAGCAAAUGUCUUCACAGUGUCUUACUUUAAAACCAGCGCCUACCUGGCUCAGUCUCCUCAGCUCUACAAGCAGAUGUGCAUCUGUGCCGACUUUGACAAGGUCUUCUGUGUGGGUCCAGUUUUCAGAGCAGAGGACUCCAACACCCACCGUCACUUGACUGAGUUUGUGGGUCUGGAUAUUGAGAUGGCCUUCAACUACCAUUACCACGAAGUGAUUGACUCCAUCACUGACACCAUGGUCCAGAUCUUCAAGGGCCUGAGAGACAACUUCCAGACUGAGAUCCUGACGGUGAACAAGCAGUUCCCCAGUGAGCCUUUCAAAUUCCUGGAGCCCACUCUGAGACUGGAGUACACCGAGGGUUUGGCCAUGCUGCGGGAGGCCGGGGUGGAGAUGGGUGACGAGGAUGACCUCAGCACACCCAAUGAAAAACUGCUUGGCCGCCUGGUUAAGGAAAAGUAUGACACUGACUUCUAUGUGCUGGAUAAGUACCCACUGGCUGUUAGACCCUUCUAUACGAUGCCCGAUCCAAGCAACCCUAAAUACUCCAACUCGUAUGACAUGUUCAUGAGGGGAGAGGAGAUCCUGUCUGGAGCUCAGAGAAUCCACGACGCUCAGCUGCUGACAGAGAGGGCCAGCCAUCACCAGAUUGAUCUGGAGAAGAUCAAGUCAUACAUCGACUCCUUCCGAUUUGGCGCUCCCCCACAUGGCGGCGGAGGCAUUGGCCUGGAGAGAGUCUGCAUGCUGUACCUUGGUCUCCACAACGUUCGUCAGACCUCCAUGUUCCCACGUGACCCUAAGCGCCUGACACCUUGAACCUUCUACCACAUGGACAGAUCCGGUCAUCAGUGGACUAACACACAGAUUCUUGUGAUGGGGAACAUUUUUAAUCCAGAAAGGGAACAGGUUCAGGAGCUAGUGCCACACUUCGAUUCUAAUGUUUCACUACGAUUAACCAUUAAGAUGAGAGAAUGAAGUCAUUGCAACAGUAGGGUGAACUUUAUUGAUUGGUGUGCAUAAUUGUCUUAACAACCACAAAUAAUGGAUACGUUAAAGUUAAAGAGAGGUCUAUCAGUCAUUUAGGCAAAGGUUGUAAAGGUGCACACACUUAUUCCAUCUUUUAAUCAACUAGUCAGUAUUUGUCUAUUUGUCUUUUCUAUGGAGAUGUUUCAAAAGGCAACUUUAGUACAGAUCCCAUCCUAAAUCCUGCCUACUACCAGCAUAGACAAAGGACUAAUAAUGAUUGUGAUCUCCUACAGUAUGCCUGUAACUACAUGCCUUUUGUAUGUAAUUAAAUGACUAAACAUAGAUAAUAAAAAAAUCCUUCUCAAAACCAUAAAUUGCUUUGUCUCUAUUGUCAAAUAAUCUGUUUGUAAAUCAAGCAAAUGUGACUACCUACCAAAA